AUGGCGGGGCUAUUCCGACUUCUCAAAAUGCAAUAUACUCCUCCGACUGACCCUCGAGGAAUUUCUCUGGCCGGCAAAACAGUUCUCCUGACUGGAGCAACUUCAGGUCUAGGCUACGAAGCCGCUAUAAAAUUUCUCAACCUAGGAGUCGACUCUUUAGUGAUUGGGAGUCGCAACCUGGAGCGAGGAAACCACACUAAAGCCGAGCUUGAAAAGAUUACCAGCCGGCAAGGUGUGAUUCAAGUUUGGGAGCUUGAGAUGAACAAUUUUCAAAGCGUCAAGGAUUUUGCUAGUCGGGUCAACAAGGAGCUUCCCCGGGUGGACAUUGCGCUGCUCAAUGCCGGUCUCUGGAACCGUGAAUAUGCACUCUCGCCCGAGGGAUGGGAAGAGACAAUACAAGUGAAUACUCUCUCGACUUCACUGCUGGCCUUGCUACUUAUCCCGAAACUCCGGGAAUCCUCCGGUGCUGAGCUUACCCAUCUAAGUGUUGUCUCAAGCCAGCAGUUUGUUCGUGCCAAGGCGGAAAGCCUCAGGACAGAAGAAUCUUUGUUAGAUCACCUGAAUUCCGCGCUCAGGUUCCAGGGUCCGAAACAGUAUGGCAUCUCAAAAUUGCUCUUGGAAUAUGUUAUCAAGACUAUUGCGGAUCUGGUUCGUAAUGAGGACGGCACAGUGCCCGUCAUUGUCAACACGAUAAGCCCUGGACUCUGCCAAUCUGGCCUUACGCGUCAAUACCUUAAACGGUUUUAUGAACGGUGGCUGAGCUGGCUAGCAUAUCGGCUCUUUGCACGAACGACCGAGCAAGGAAGCCGAUCUUUAGUAAGCGCGACGCUUCAGGGUGUUGAGUCACAGGGGAAAUGCUGGCGGAGUGAUGGAUAUUUGGAUGAAUCCAAAGCUCUUACCACUGGAGACGAAGGGAAGCAGUUCCAGGCAAAGGCGUGGAAGGAGAUCAUCGAGCUGCUAGCGAAUCAGGCAGCAGAAGUUCGCGGUAUUAUAUCUAAGGAUUAA